CAUAUUGUUGACUAAUGGCUGCUGUACUCUGAGUUGAGUGUUGCUGCUGAGGAAUUGGGCUAUAUAUGUUUUACUUUUAGCACUUAAAGAAGGAUUACCAGGAAAAACCAAGAUGACUGUCAGCUUGGAAGAAUACUUUCGGACGACAUUUGAGGACAAGCUCCUCGUAAAGAUGCCGGAACGGGAGGAUGACCACCUGACUCCUGCUACACGGCUCCUGGAGAAACGCAGGGAGAUGGCGGAGGUGGAGCAGGCUCUGGCAGCUCAAAAGGAGGAGUUUCAAAUGAAGAUGGAGAGUUUACAACAGAGACGGGAGGAGUUAGAGAAAAAGGAGUACCAAUUAAAAGAGUCUUUGUUGAAAUUUGACAAAUUUCUGAAGGAAAACGAUUCAAAACGAGCUCGUGCUGUAAAAAAGGCAAAUGAUGAAAGGGACAUGAAGAAACAGAAAGAUAAAGAAAUAGAGCGGUUAAAGGAAGACACAUCGGUGGUGGCCACAGACAAGAACAAGCUGCAACGGAAGCUAGAGAGGUACACCAUCUACCACAAGUUCAUGGAGAAGGUGCUGGAAGCAGGAGAGGAGUUCCAUGAGAUGCGGGACAUCAUUGCACGGCAUGACACACUCACUGCCACACAUGAGGACCUGCUGGAACGGGAACAGAAAAACCAGGAGGUGAUAGAGAAGCAGAGGCAGACACUGCUCAAGUACAUGGAGGAGAAGGACAACGAGAUCCUGGGCUACAAUAACCAGCUGUCUGGACUCCAGACACGGCUGGAUAAAGCACAGAGUGCUGCAGUCAAAUGGGAGUCAAAGUGGACACACAUCAAGAACACUGCUGCCACCAAGACACUACUACUUGGCAGAAUUAAGAUGGCAACACACAACUUGUACCAGCUAGUAAAGAGACACCAGAAGCAGUCUGCCCAGGUUGAGGACACUGCGGAGCAGUUAUCCCAGAUCCAGAUGUUUUUGGAGGACCUCACAGACAUUGUGCUGGAGCUGAAGAAAGGGGACACCACCCACACGUCCAUCUUUGCACCAUCAUCUAGUUAACUGGUUGACCUGGACACAGCCUCUGUACAGACCUGGCCACUGCCACUCAGAUGACAAACUACCCCAUCAUCAAGCAUAUAGCUAAACGUUCAAACAUUCUCAUGUCUUCCAGCAUUACUUUCAAGAACAUGAUUAAAUCUCUCAGAAAUAACCCUCUGACUAAAUAGAAAACAAUCUAUCCUUUAGAACUGGUUACUAUUACCUGAAUGACAAAAUGUUGAGAAGGCUUUGACAGUGUUUGAAAGUUUGAUUAAUCUUUGUUUCCUUACUGAAGAAAUAUCAGCAGAAUUAUUUUUGUACCCAGGUACACCAGAUCAUGACUUAUAUCCUGCAUGUAACAGGAGUCACAUGGCUCUCGACUUCCGUCUCUCAAUGCAACACAUCUGCUGGUAUGGAAACCCAGGUCCUUGCAAUACUGAUGUUCUGAACACAGAGACAAUCAAACAACCCUGUUUUUGUUUCAUUAAUUACUCUGCAGGUCACCGUGUAGUGAUGGCAGUCACAUGACCCACACAGCCCUACAGUUCAGCAUCUGUGAUCACUGGGAUUAUGAUCACCUGUUUAAGAUGAUUGUUCAUUUCCCUGCCUUUAUGUAUGUGUCACCAUAUCUCCCCAGAUCCAAGUGUUCCUUCAAGAUCUGAACCAGAUUACCGCCGAGAUCCGCCCAGAUGGACCUGUCUGGUGCGGCCCAUCAUCCCUCCGUCCUCCAGCUGAAGCACCUCCUUCUUG